CACUGCAGUGUGCAGUGCGUUUCGAUUCUGCUAGUCGCGUCGUCGUCGCAGCCGUCGUCUACGCCACCCGAUGUGCGGGACAAGUUGAUAAAUGAUAAUAAUAAUUUUUACACGUCCGCCGUGCGAAUCCGUGACACUGUCGAAUAGUUGUGUGCGCGCAUCGUGGUGACCGCGGCGAUCGAUUGACCAGAAACAGAAACGUCGCACGUUUGAUGUGUCCUUCCAUAUGAGUUGCAAACGAGAUACCAUGGCUGAUAUAAUGGUACAUUCGGCUGAUAACUCUCCUCGGCGUGAGGUGUAUCGAUGUGGGAUGCUCUCACCAGUACUUGGUCCACGUAGUAGUUUUCGUAUGAAUAGUGAACUCAAACAUAGCCGUAGUGAUGAUCUAAUAUUACAAGGUGCUCCUUAUACUCCACCUGAUAUGCAGCAUGGUAUUAGUGAUGCUGCAUUUCAAAUUCAAAAAGAUGCAUGUGUGGUGUAUGACGAUGAAGUUAAUGAUCAUAGAAUAUCUGUGGCUUGCUAUGAAUCUCCUAUCGUUGCCCCAGAAUCAAAUCAAACACCGCUAUUGAAGUUAACUGGAGAUUUUUCAUCAGAGGGUGCUAAUAAAAGAUGUAGUGUAAUUGAUCGCAUUGACCCAGAAGAUAGCAUUGGUGAUAUCAUCUCUCAAAAUGACUUUUACAGAUUUGUGUUGUUCAAACGUCACUACGAAAAGUAUCUUGAUAUAUCUCGAAAAUACGAAGAAGCUCGAAGCUUGGCAUACUAUUUGGAAGAAAAAUAUCAUGAAAUUAAGGCAGAACGUGACAGUUUAAUUGACACGCACCACGAGCUAGAAAAACAGCUGGUGACCCGGGACUUGGAACUGCACGAAAAAGAAGAAGAAUUAUUUCUGCAGCUAGAAAAGGUGAUUCGAUUAGAAGAGGAUUGCGAGAAAUUGCGCAAUGAAAAAGACAAAAUGGUCAAGUGGAAGGACCGUUUGGAACGUGAGAAAAAUGAAGCGUACAGGCAGCUGCGGCUACAGGCUGAAUCGUCGGAAAUCACUAGGCGCAACUUGGAAAGAGCGCGUAUGGACGCGUAUAGACAGUUUUCGGAGAUCGCAGCCGAAAAGGACACCCUUGAAAAAGAGAACUCGAGGCUUAAAGAAGUGUUGGAGGAUCUCGGGCGGAAAGCCGACUUGUAUCACACCAACAGCAGACAGGCCAGUCAAAAGGCCAAGCGCGUGUCUGGUCUGGAACGCGAAGUAAACGAACUAAAGUUGAUGGCCAAACAGUCAGCCACUCUGAACAGCCAGCUGCAGAAAGGUAUGAAACACUUGGCUACAUGCAGGCGCAAAAAAUGUUCCGUUUGUUCGUAUACCAGAGCUACCUUUGGAGAGUACACGUCAAGCAGACACGGGGAGAAGACUUCGAGAUUCAUCGGAGGUUGUUUCCCACUCGACGAGCUUCGCCGUUCCUCCGACCGGAUGUCCGCGUCUGACAUCGAACUGGAGUGCGCAAAACUCGCCGAACGCCUGUCGGCGUGCUCGUUCCCGCACACGCCGCCGUCGACGCCAGAACGGUCGGUCGCCAGUGGAUCGCUGUCCCGGUUCGUAUCGUACAUCGACGACGCGUUCUCUUCGGCCAGCGAUGAUGAAGACGUCUGUGGUGACAUCGGAGGCCGACCAGCUAAAUGCACCGGAAGCGGAAGCCGCCGCCAGUUCUCUUCAGAUUCUGGAAUCUCGUCGUCGUCAGCCACGCCAACUGAUCCGAACAAGAUAACUCCGGCUUGUAGCAGUCAUCGCCCAUCGUCUUCCACGUCAUUCAACCGUUCCGCCAAGUGGACUUCUUCGUUCAGGAAGCUUAUCAGACGCGUGUCUUCCAAGAAGCACGUCGACGAGUCUCAGUAAAAAUAAUAAUAAUGUAAUAUGUGCACGCAACCAGAUAGGUUUGGAAAAGUUUUCCGUCAAAAGUAUUAUCUACAUCAUCACGUGUAUCGUUAUUUUUUUUUUUUAAUUUUAGUUUGUUUAUAUUAUUAUUAUUAUUAUUAAUUUAGGGGAAGUUAUUACUGUUGAUAUACUUAACUGGUGUAUCAAAUAUCUCGUUUAUCAUUACUGGGGGGGAGGGGGGUUGAUAGAAAGACGUGCCUGUACUCACGAAAACUAUUUUUACGAAAUUUUAUCAACGCCGUCGUUGUUCACUCGGAGUUUGUUUGCGCUACUUACACUAAGUCUAUCUUCGUAGAUAUAUAAUAUUAUGUGGGUAGACUAGCCGAUAGGUACGUAGAGGUAGGUGCUUAAGUCUUGAUUUUUCGUGUGAUGUACCUACGUUACAAUAUACUAAUAUCAUACUUAUCUCUCGCUAUUUUUAUUGUUUUUAUUACGAUUUUUAAUUUUAUUUUUUAACUUACAAUAAUUGCAGUAUUAAUAUAUUUACUUUAUCAUAUCGUUAAUAUUCAAGAAAACUCAUUCCUAUUUAACGAUAUUAUGUUAUUCCUAUGUAUCUUUAAUAUUAAAUAAUGAAUUCUUCAAUUUUUUUUUUAUCAAUUCUAUACGCUUACUUGUUAUUUAGCAAUAUUUUAUUUAUGGCAGUGUUGCAUUUAUAUUAUAUAACGAUAUCUAUUAAGACAAUGUUUGUAUACUGACGGGGAUCAGGAGUAUAACGGAUGUUUAUUAAAAAAGACAUUUAAAUAAGUAUUAUUUUAUUAAUGGUCCUAUAUAUUACACACGAUGUAAUUGGUUAAUUUAAUAAUUAUUAUAUUUUACUGUAGAUUGUUUUUUUUUUUUUAAACCAAUAACGUUGUUUGCCUUAGGCUUUACU